AUGCUUGUCGUAUCUAAAUCUGUGAGCUUUCUUGCCGUUCUUGUACUCGCGGCGGUGAGUACAUCUGUUGAGGCUAGCAGUGGCUACCGGGUUCUAAAAUCGUGUGAGUACAAGGGCGUAUGGACAAAGCAUGGGGAAUGGUACAAAGGGGACAAUAAGGAGUGCUACUGUCAUAGCUCCAAGUGGACCAAGUGUAAGGACGUAUACAAACCAGAAGCGCCCAUCAAGUGUGGGAAGGCUGAUGUGGAGUGCGAUUACGGUACCAAGCUGCGCAAGCACGAGAAGUGCUGCGAUGGAGAUUACUGCGAAGAUUGGGUGCCUAAAUGUAACGAAGAGACUUGCUGCGAGAAGAAGAAAAAUCGACCCACCCGUCAAAUGCAAGAACUCUGA